AACUAUCAGUCGUCUGUGAACUACUGUUUCCAGAGAGCGGUGACUAAUCUCAACGAAAGCUUCUCGGCUGAAGAGCUCCUGGAGAUCAAGAACUCGAUGUCGUACGGGAGCUCAUCGAUACACAGCUAUCAGUCGUCGGCCACAACGACAGGCAGUGAUGUGUCGAUUCGGGACCAGACGGCCGACGAGGCGUUCGCCCGACUGCAGCUCCUGUACGCGAAAUACUGCGACCAAAACGGACUGUUAAACCAAAACAAUUUGGCGAUUCUCUACAAAAUCGUGACAAUCGCUGCCCCGAACUCCGAGGAGAGUCACUACAACCUCGGAAUGUAUUGCCACCGGAUUUACAAGAGUUUCGAGGACUCGAAACGGAACCACAGAUUGUUUUCGUUGGGAAAGACGGAGGAGAUUCUGGAGAUGAAGGGCCGGACAGUGCGCUCACUCAUCGAGUCGUUGAAAUAUGGCGUAAAACACGCGCACAAUUCACUGCCCCUACUGUUGAACAUAUGGCUUGAUUUGGGGACUGAGCUGGCCUACAGCGUGAAUCGCGGCAGAAGUAGCGUCUCAUCGUCUCAGCUGAACGAAGAGAUCCGCAAAACGAUUGAGAAAAUCAAUAACAAUCUCAACGACCUGUUGGCUAACGUUCCCCUCUACAUAUUCUUCAUAGUGUUCGCGCAG